AUGAAGCUUUCCAGCAUCAUCACGGGUGCUGCCCUCGCCAGCAGCGCCGUCGCCGCUGACGUGGACCCGAUCAUUAUCAAGGGCUCCAAGUUCUUCUACAAGAGCAAUGACACCCAAUUCUACAUGCGUGGUGUCGCCUACCAGCAGGAAUACACCGGCCCCAAAUCCGGCACGAACAACUACAAGGAUCCACUAGCAGAUGCUGAAGCAUGCAAGCGCGACGUCCCUUACCUUGAGAAGCUUAACGCCAACACUAUCCGUGUGUACGCCGUCGACCCCAAGGCCGAUCAUACAGAAUGCAUGAAUUUGCUCAGCGAUGCUGGAAUAUACGUUAUUGCCGACCUGUCCUCCCCCAGUGAAUCGAUUAUCCGCAACAACCCCAAGUGGGACUAUGAUCUGUUCAGUCGCUAUGCGUCCGUCGUUGAUGAGCUCUCCCAAUACACCAACGUCAUUGGUUUCUUCGCAGGAAAUGAGGUCUCGAAUGACCCCAAGACAACCGGUGCCAGCGCCUUUGUCAAGGCCGCUGUUCGCGAUAUGAAGCGGUAUAUUAAGGCCAAGAACUACCGCACCAUGGGUGUUGGUUAUGCUACCAACGAUGACUCGUCAAUCCGUGUGGACAUGGCAGACUACUUUAACUGCGGUAGCAAGGAAGAAAGCAUUGAUUUCUGGGGCUACAACGUCUACUCCUGGUGUGGCGAUUCUAACUAUGAAAAGUCCGGCUUCAAGUCUCGCACUGACGAGUUCCGCGACUACUCUGUCCCCGUUUUCUUCGCCGAGUAUGGUUGCAAUGAGGUUGAGCCUCGCAAGUUCACUGAAGUCGAAGCUCUUUAUGGUGACAAGAUGGCCGAGGUCUGGUCCGGUGGUAUCGUUUACAUGUACCACCAGGAGGCCAACAAUUAUGGGCUCGUCUCCAUCGACGACGGUAAGGUCAAGACCCGCGCCGAUUACAGCUACCUCUCCGAGCAACUCGCCAGUGCAACUCCCACUGGCACAAAGAAGUCUGACUACAACCCCACGAACACUGCCCUUGCCUCCUGCCCAGCCCUCAACAAGAACUGGCAAGCCACUGACUCCCCUCUCCCUCCCUCCCCGAACCACGACCUCUGCACCUGCAUGCUCAAGUCCCUGACCUGCGUCGCCAAAUCCGACAUCUCGGGCAAGCUCCUCUCCUCGACCUUCAGCGAGGUCUGCGGAUACCAGGGCGGCAAGUUCUGCGACGGUAUCACCGGCAACGCCACCACCGGCGAGUACGGCGCCUAUAGUGUUUGUACACCGGAGCAGCAGCUCUCUUUUGCCAUGGACCAGUACUAUCAGGACCAGGUGGAGCAGGGCAACGGAGACAAUGCGUGUGACUUUGACGGUGCGGCCUCUUCACAGAGCACAUCUGAGCCGACUAGCGCUUGCUCUUCGUUGCUCGAUGCCGCUGGUACAGAGGGCACUGGCACUGUUACUGCAUCGCCCACGGCCGCAGGUGCUCAGGGAGAUACAGUCGAAGGCAGCACCGGCGCUGAUACUUCCGAUGGCGCUGGCUACACGCUUACGCCGUACAGUGUGUAUGUUGGUGCUUGGCAGGUUGGAGCUUACGUCGCUACGGCCAUGUUUGCCGGUGCUGCGAUGAUUCUGCUCUAG